UAAGGCGUGGCCGGCGGCGGGAGGGGAGGCAGGCCGCAGUCAAAAGCAGCGACUCAGGGGCGCGGCGCUCAGCGGGACCCGACACUCGGCUCUCCUCUCUUCUCGCGCGCCCGCAAGCAGCCAUGGCAGACAAGGAGAAGAAGAAGAAGAAGAAGGUGGCGAAGGACGACGCGCCAGCAGACGCCCCCGCCGCAGAGCCGGCGCCCGAGAGGACCUCCCGUGGCUCUCGCAAGGCCAAGAGGACCGGCAGCAAUGUCUUCUCCAUGUUCUCCCAGAAGCAGGUCGCCGAGUUCAAGGAGGCGUUCCAGCUGAUGGACCACGACAAGGACGGUAUCAUCAACAAGAACGACCUGAGGGCGACCUUCGACUCGCUGGGACGCCUGGCCAGCGACAAGGAGCUCGACGACAUGGUGAGCGAGGCGCCCGGACCCAUCAACUUCACGCAGCUGCUUACGCUGUUCGCCAACCGCAUGUCCGGAGGCUCUGACGACGAUGACGUCGUGAUCAACGCCUUCAAGUCCUUCGACGACGAGGGCAAGAUCGACAGCGAGAAGCUGAGGCACGCUCUCAUGACCUGGGGCGACAAGUUCUCCAGCGACGAGGUGGACGAUGCCUUCGACCAGAUGGUGAUCGACGACAAGGGCUACAUCGACACCGCCAAGCUGAUCACCAUGCUGACUGCGAGUGCAGAGGAGGAGGAGGAGGAGGCAGCGGCCUAGACCAGUCGCUCGAGGUCUUGAUGCGUGUCCCGCUGCGCAGGCCAACAUCACCGCAUAACAACCCUGCGAACUGCUGACGACCCGGCAGUCACAUUACCCCAUUCCUACCACCAUUCUCGUGCGUCUCAAUUCUCCCAUGAGGACAUUCUUUUCUUUUGCACUUCAAACCUUACUUUCUUCUUCUUCCUCGUAUCAAUGGUUUUCCUGCACCCACUUCUUAUAACUUUCUACACCCUCUUCGUCCCAUUUCUUUGGCCUUUCAUCUUCAUCAUCAUUCCUCUUAUACCAUUCAUCUUUCACAUUAUUUUCUGUUUAUGUACAUUAUUUGUUUUUGGACCAAUUCUUCGGUCUAUAUGGUAACAGUGAUAUUGUUAUGUAAAAUAUUGUUCAAACUGAGACAAUAAUAAUAUGCCUUAAAAAUUU